AUGCCCACCUUCUGGGAUGAGAGCGGAGUUGAUGCAGACAAGGGCGGAGUUGAUGCAGACAAGGGCGGAGUUGAUGCAGACAAGGGCGGAGUUGAUGCAGACAAGGGUGGAGUUGAUGCAGCAGACAAGGGUGGCGUUGAUGCAGCAGACAAGGGUGGGGUUGAUGCAGACAAGGGUGGAGUUGAUGCAGACAAGGGUGGAGUUGAUGCAGACAAGGGUGGAGUUGAUGCAGACAAGGGCGGAGUUGAUGCAGACAAGGGCGGAGUUGAUGCAGCAGACAAGGGUGGAGUUGGUGCAGACAAGGGUGGAGUUGAUGUAGACAAGGGUGGAGUUGGUGCAGACAAGGGCGGGGUUGAUGCAGACAAGGGUGGAGUUGAUGCAGACAAGGGUGGAGUUGAUGCAGACAAGGGUGGAGUUGAUGUAGACAAGGGUGGAGUUGAUGCAGACAAGGGUGGAGUUGAUGCAGACAAGGGUGGAGUUGAUGUAGACAAGGGCGGAGUUGAUGCAGACAAGGGUGGAGUUGAUGUAGACAAGGGUGGAGUUGAUGCAGCAGACAAGGGUGGAGUUGAUGCAGACAAAGGUGGAGUUGAUGCAGCAGACAAGGGUGGAGUUGAUGUAGACAAGGGCGGAGUUGGUGCAGACAAAGGUGGAGUUGAUGUAGACAAGGGUGGAGUUGAUGCAGACAAGGGUGGAGUUGAUGCAGACAAGGGCGGAGUUGAUAUAGACAAGGGCGGAGUUGAUGCAGCAGACAAGGGUGGAGUUGAUGUAGACAAGGGUGGAGUUGAUGCAGACAAGGGUGGAGUUGAUGCAGACAAGGGUGGAGUUGAUGCAGACAAGGGUGGAGUUGAUGCAGACAGGGGUGGAGUAGAUGUAGACAAGGGUGGAGAUGAUGUAGACAAGGGUGGAGUUGAUGCAGACAAGGGUGGAGUUGAUGCAGCAGACAAGGGCGGGGUUGAUGCAGACAAGGGUGGAGUUGAUGCAGACAAGGGUGGAGUUGAUGCAGACAAGGGUGGAGUUGAUGCAGACAAGGGUGGAGUUGAUGUAGACAAGGGUGGAGUUGAUGCAGACAAGGGUGGAGUUGGUGCAGCAGACAAGGGCGGGGUUGAUGCAGACAAGGGUGGAGUUGAUGCAGACAAGGGUGGAGUUGAUGCAGACAAGGGUGGAGUUGAUGCACACAAGGGCGGAGUUGAUGCAGACAAGGGUGGAGUUGAUGCAGACAAGGGUGGAGUUGAUGCAGACAAGAGUGGAGUUGAUGUAGACAAAGGCGGAGUUGAUGCAGACAAGGGUGGAGUUGAUGCACACAAGGGCGGAGUUGAUGCAGACAAGGGCGGAGUUGAUGCAGACAAGGGCGGAGUUGAUGCAGACAAGGGUGGAGUUGAUGUAGACAAGGGUGGAGUUGAUGCAGCAGACAAGGGUGGAGUUGAUGCAGACAAGGGUGGAGAUGAUGUAGACAAGGGUGGAGUUGAUGCAGCAGACAAGGGCGGAGUAGACAUAGUCCAGCUCAGAGACAGGAGUCGGUGUGGACUGCGCGUGCAGUGCUAG